AAAAAUGCCUCAGGAGUCAAGAAACUUUCCCUUUAGUUAUUAUUUUGGCCCUUAAUGAACUGAUCUUUUUUUCACAGGUAUAAAGUGGAGGUUUCUGAUGUAUUGUCUAUGAAGACGGCACUAAAUCCACGAGGGCUAGUUUACAUUAAAGGAAGAGCUGAUCCCAAAUGGUCCUUUUAACGGGGACUAUGAUGAUCCCAUGGUUGUUACUGCUCUCGCUCUUCUGCAAGAGCACACAAGAUAGAAAUGGCCAAGAAAGUGGUGUUAUGCAUUGUGGAGCUGAGAAUCUGAAACUAACCAGCUCCGGUCAGAUGAUCCUGUUAACAUGGGAAGACACCCCUUCCUGCUCUGCAGUACAGGAUGUGCUGAUCUAUGAGCUGGAGGUUCUCAUAGCGGACAAGAAAGAACAUUAUGAUGAAGUUGCUGUGACGCCUGACCAGAUAGGCUCUACUCACUCCUGGAACUGGACGUCAUAUUUGGCAUUGGAGUGUGCUUCCCAUUCAGUGAGGCUCAGUUCCCGAUACAAAAAUCAUACAAGCCCAUGGAAUCAAGAAACUCUUCGUGGGGUUGAAACAUCAAAACCACAGGUUUAUCCAAAGGACACAUUCUUCAGAGUUGACAGUACAGUCACCUUCUGCUGUGUUCUGCCUGCGGGGGAAGUCUUUGACAAAAUGUAUGUCUCUGGGUAUGGUAGUGCUGGUAAACAUACCAGGAUCAGCAAUCAGACCUAUGCUUUGACCAUCCACCUGAACAAGGCAUCAGAACAUAGUUGCACUGAUGUAAAAUGUGAACUGAAAGGUGUCUAUGGGGCUUGUGCUUAUAUUGGUUACCCACCUAAUGUCACGGACCUUCAAUGUGAAACCCGAGAUCUGCAAUCAGUUGACUGCCACUGGACAUAUAAAGACUCAAGACUAACCUUUAGGAAUCCAACAGAAUAUCAUCUACUUGAAAGUCCGUCAAUCUGUGCAUGGUCGCCCGAGACAAGAUGCACCCAAAAGGUGCUAGUCGAUGCUCGCGAGAGAAACUGGACGUUAACAGCAAGGAAUCCUCUUGGCACGGUGGAGAUUUCCGACACUGCGGACCUGACCAAAAGAGUGCAUAUGUUCCCUCCAAAGGGAGUGACAGCUUUGAGUGUGAAUACCAGAAAUGUCAGCUUGGAGUGGAAAUGGACGGUGCAACAGUACUAUAAUCUCAGUUUAAUAUGCCAAGUGAAAAUUAACAACCAUGGUGAAAACAGCAUGAGUGAACACGUUGGAGUUGGUCUUAACUUUGCUGUUUUGAACGACCUGAUACCAAAUUGGAAAUAUCAUGUGGAAAUACGAUGCGGAACAGCACACCAUUUCUGGAAAUGGAGCACCUGGAGCACGAGGGUCAACUUCCAUACAAAGGGUGACGUUCCAGAUGCUCUUGAUGUGUGGAUGCAGGUGAUGGAAAACCAAAUUAUAAUCAUCUGGAAGAAGCCACUGCCCCACCAGAGUCACGGAGUCAUCGAAGAAUAUGAAGUGACCUGGACAAAGAUCUCAGAGAGAGAGCGACAAAAUAGGACCAAAGUGGGUCCCAACAAUAAUAGCUUUGCACUCAGUCUGGACACCACUGUCGAGCAUGUCGUCACGGUUACAGCUAGGAAUAUAAACGGCAGUUCAUCACCAUCAACCAUCACCAGCUCCAAUCCAGACAGAACCCAAGUCAACACUUCUUGGAUUAUUGGCAGCAACGGUAGCUUCAACCUGUCCUGGUCUGCCAGUCCAACAGCCAGCUGUGGCUACAUAGUGGACUGGUGUGCUACCGUAGGAAACUGCACUGUGGAGUGGCUGAAAGUGCCUCCCAAUCAGACUAAUGCCAGAAUAUCUUCAAAAAACUUCAAAGAUGGAAUAAGAUACACACUGUCAGUAUAUGCCUGCACCCAGGGAGCUCCAGUGCUACUACAAAGAAGAGAGGGCUAUGUUGGAGAGAAAAAGAUACAAAACAACCUGUUUAAAUCAUUGAGAGGGCAACAGCAGUACUGGGAUUACGAGGUAUCCUGGGAGCCUGUACCUCUGAGAGAGCAGACUGCUUUUGUCCAAGGCUAUGUCCUGUAUUGUUUUGACAACAACGAGAAAGUCAUCAACUUCAGCACAGACAAUCCUGAGGCCACUAGGCUGACAGCAAGAAACCUUAAAAUCAGUUCCUACACAUUCACAGUAAAGGCACGGACAGCGGUUGGAGAGUGUGGCGAUACAUCCAUCACUGUCACCUUGAAUUCACUGACUGAUAACUUGAUCAAGUCAGUCUUCAUUUCCUUGGCCAUUGCUUUUGGUAUCCUUUCCCUCAUCACUAUUGUUUGCUACAGACAUUGCUCAUGUAUCAAAGAGACGAUCUAUCCUCCAAUUCCAAAGCCAGUGUUGACAUCAACGGGUGAACAUAGAUGUCAUCAUUUUCACAUGGAACAGUGUCACUAUAGUGAAGAAGAUAUCACAGAUGUUCCGGAACUGUAUUAUAGUGCAGGAUCACCAACAGAUGGUUUUGUCAGCCAGGAGAACAUGCCAUUUGCUUUUUCACAAACUCCGAGUGGUUACUACAACCAGCCUCUGAAAAAGUGCACCCCACCACUCGUUAUUUUACCAUAUAUAGCCAUCCCAUCUCAGUCAUGUUUACCAUCUUCUCCAUUUAGAAGGGAAUUUACUAAUGCGUCAUACAACCCAAAAAUGCAGCCUGGGAAUCAGCAAUCCAACGCAUUUCAUGAGCUUCAGGAGGGAACGUCUUUAGAGAGAAGCUCCGAUGGAUACCAGCCUCACGAUCACACCGAAACCUUCACUACAAACCAGACAGAAGAAGGUCCAGAGAGUCCUAUUUCCUGUGUCUCCAGUUACAUAUUGUUACCACAGUAAUCUUCCAGAUGGCUUCUGCAUGCAAUGCCGGUAUGCUAAGUUAUACAGUAAGUAGGGUAGCCAGAAAACCGAAUUUGUUUUUAGCAAUCUGUAGGAAUGGAAAUUAUUGUAUGUCCACCACUCAGGUCUAUACUGAAAUAGCUCAACAACUAGUGGGUAGAUUGCUAUGAAAUUCAUAACAGACAUUCAAGGCCCCUAGUCGCUAAAUCCUACUUCGGUGAUCCCUUAACCCCUCAUGUACAGCCACCAUAGGGUAGACAGUGUUGGUUUUCAUUGAAAGCAACACUUGCCAUGAAAUCUGUUACAGACAUUCAUGAUCCCAGAGAACGAGUAGCGCCAUCAUCAGGUAACAAUUUCAAUUUCUCCUU